AUGUUACCAAAUUUACUUGCUGUAAAAUCGGUGCAUCGUCAGGUGCGUCUAAACGAAGUUCUGGCCAGACUCGAGAACGCAAAGACUCAGCACGAGAUACUGAAGCCACCAAAAUCCUCGAUAGUACCAGGAUGCAGACACUGCAGGAUCAGAAUGAAGAAUUCAUGCGGGAGGAAAGUUUUUCCUAACGCAUCGCGAUACAAGCCAGUCUUCAUAGCGAAGUUAGAGCUUUUUGUAGAAAAGGAACUGAACCGCAUUGAGAAAGGGUCAGAAUGCCGUGAAGUUGGCUGCGACCAUCUUCUUUGCGAGCAGAAAAAGCUGGACGCAGAAUUGGCGGUAUACAAAUCAGCGUUCGAGUUACUUCUGACAAAGAUAACGACUUUCAAGCCCAUCUUGUCGAGGAUAAAAUCAACUUACGACAAGUGCAUCGAGGUCAGAGAGGACAGGAUGAAGCUGAUGGAAAUAGUGUCGUCGAAAUUGGAUGCGUUCAAAAAAACGGUGGAGAAAAAAAUCGACACGAUCGAGCGAACGGGGACGGGAAAAGUUGGCGCGUUAAUGAGGGAAAAGUCCUGCUUGACGGAAACCGUUGCAAAACUUAAAGCAGACCUCGAAGAGAGUGGCGCGAAGAUAAACAACUUGAGGGAGGAAUUGCUCGAGUGCGAGGAGAGGGAAAUCCGAAGAAUCGUUAACCAACGGAGGCAAAAUAUUGAGCCAUCCUCUCGAGGCGCCAAAGAAACAAGGAUGGGACGACAGACGACGCAAACUCGACGGCUCGACGAAGAUCCCGUUUUGAUGAGCGUUUGCUUGCAACGAGCGAGGAAGGACCUCAGCUCUGCUCAUCGGAAAAUCGCCGAACUCGAGGACACCUUCCGUGAAGUUGUGCCAAAAUGGGAACUCGAACGGCUGGAGAACAGACACCAGGCUUUUGAAAGGGAAUAUCGAAACCUCUCACAGGAGUUCGAAGCUCUCAACAAAGAGCACGAGGCACUCAAGUUGAACUUUGAGGUGGUUCGAGAGCAAAAGAACAGCCUAAGAGACCGCUGCAAAAUAUUGGCACACACAAACACACCGAGGCCGGAUUGGUCCAAAUGCGGACAGUUCAUUCAAGGCGGAGUUCAACGCUGGAGGGACAUAACAGCGAAGAAAUCAAGCGAAGAUCGACUGACCAUUCUUUUAUCGGAAUUAUGCGGGGUGGCGAGUGCCGAGAACGACUACUUCGUAGGUCAAGGUACCGACCCGUCGGUCCCGGUAUUUCUCCGGUACAAGGGUAAGAUGAAGAACCGUAAAUUGGGCCGCAGGGAAGUGAGCAUCCUGAUAAACGACAUCUGGAAGAACAGGAUGGGUUCGGACAUGGGGACACCGAUGGGCGAAUACGUACUCAAGUACUUCUCCGAAAGGUAUCACAUAUCGCUGCUCAGGUACGAGUGGAUUUAUAAUCUCUACUACGCCUGUCAGCGUCUCGUGUACGACGACCAGAUUGGACUCUUUUGGAACAUACUCUGGGGCAACGUCGUCGAGGAGGCUUAUCACGCCCCGAGGAAGGAGUUCGUCCUCCUCAAAAGGAUGAUGGAGAUGCGGAUGGAGGAUAAGAAAAUAAACGCACUGCUCGCUCAGGACUUGAUGGACGUAAUGGACGUCAUGUACCCCCAGAAAAGCAAUCGAGACAUCGAAAACAUCGUUUACGCGGCAGGGAAACAGCUCGGGAUAGAUCCUUCGACCGAGGCAUUUGACGUGGGAAAAUUAUUCGCACAAACCGAGGAAGGAUGGGAGCGCGGUGAUUUUGCCAGAGAAUUAGCUCGUCAAAUGAAGCAGGAAAUAACGGAAUUCGGCAAGGGGAUUUUGCACAGUGUAAAUAUAUACGAUAAAACGAGCGAGGUGACGGUGGAAAUGCUUAAAAAGGGGUUCAUGGAAGUCGACGAAGAUAUACCUCAGAAUCUGCUCACGCAGCACUUAAAGUGGAUUUACAAGGUUCAAGACCUCAGCAAAGCUAAACCCAUGGUGAGCAGCGCAAUAGUAAGACAAAUGUUAAACGGCUACAUAAGGCGAAGUCAGCCGAAAAAUCAUCGCAGAAACUAACGACACUCGCAUUGCCAUG